CUGCCGGUGGAGUCGGUUACAAAGGGAGCAGCCGCCCAGGCUGCCACACAGCUGCCCGCCGAGGCCUCUGCGCCCCUCGCCAUCUUCCAGCCGCGCUCAGACGCGGGUCGUGGCGGCGGGGAGAGGCGGAGCCGCGAGAGCGCGGCCCGGACCGGCCCCGCGGGGCGGUCACGGCCGUGACGGCGGCUCCGGGCCCGGCUCCCCUUCCGCACCCCUCCCGCCGGAGAUGAGGGGAAGAUGUCCGUGUCAGGGCUCAAGGCCGAACUGAAGUUCUUGGCGUCCAUCUUCGACAAGAACCACGAACGAUUCCGCAUCGUCAGCUGGAAGCUGGACGAGCUGCACUGUCAGUUCCUGGUGCCGCCGCCACCGCCAGGCAGCCCGCACUCGCCGCCGCCGCCGCCGCUCACUCUUCACUGCAACAUCACGGAAUCUUACCCAUCUUCUUCACCAAUAUGGUUUGUGGACUCUGAUGACCCAAAUCUGACAUCCGUUCUGGAACGUCUAGAAGAUACUAAGAAUAGCAAUUCGCUUCGUCAGCAGUUGAAGUGGUUGAUAUGUGAACUCUGCAGAUUAUAUAACCUUCCUAAGCACCUGGAUGUUGAGAUGCUAGAUCAACCACUACCCACGGGUCAGAAUGGGACAACAGAAGAAGUGACUUCAGAAGAGGAGGAAGAGGAAGAGAUGGCUGAAGAUAUAGAAGACUUGGAUCACUAUGAGAUGAAAGAAGAGCCUAUUAGUGGGAAAAAGUCAGAGGAUGAAGGAAUUGAAAAAGAAAAUUUGGCAAUAUUAGAGAAAAUUAGGAAGACUCAAAGGCAAGACCAUUUAAAUGGUGCGGUGUCUGGGUCAGUGCAAGCUUCUGAUAGACUUAUGAAAGAGCUCAGGGACAUAUAUAGAUCACAGAGUUAUAAAACAGGGAUUUAUUCAGUGGAACUCAUAAAUGACAGUUUAUAUGACUGGCAUGUUAAACUGCAGAAGGUUGACCCUGAUAGUCCUUUGCACAGUGAUCUUCAGAUCUUAAAAGAAAAAGAAGGCAUAGAAUAUAUUUUGCUUAACUUCUCUUUUAAGGAUAAUUUUCCAUUUGAUCCUCCAUUUGUUCGAGUUGUGUUACCUGUUCUCUCAGGAGGGUAUGUGUUGGGUGGAGGAGCAUUAUGUAUGGAACUUCUCACAAAACAGGGCUGGAGCAGUGCCUACUCAAUAGAAUCAGUCAUCAUGCAAAUAAAUGCCACUUUAGUCAAAGGCAAAGCCAGAGUGCAGUUUGGAGCAAAUAAGAAUCAAUAUAAUCUAUCAAGAGCCCAACAAUCCUAUAAUUCCAUUGUACAGAUACAUGAGAAAAAUGGCUGGUACACCCCUCCAAAGGAAGAUGGCUAAAUAUGUUGACUGUAGUAUGUUUGGACCAAUGUUGCUUUAAAGAAAAUCUUUCCAACAUGCAGACACAAGCUUUGAGUGUCCCUAUAACAGCAGUACUGAAGACGUUAGUUAAUAGAUAUUUUAGUGGAUAAUCUGUCAUCUGACAUCCAGUAUAAGUUACGGCUUUUCAUUUUGCUCAUUUUAGGUAUCUCGGACUGAGCAGUGGGGCCUUUACUGUAUUUUUCCUGAUAAAUACACAUACUGGCCAUUCCUGAUCAUCUCUUUUUUCUUGAAAAGCGAAAUCUUUUAAACAGGCAAGUCAACAUCAGGUUACUGAAGCUACGACUUUAGGGUAACAUUCCUACAUUGAGCCCAUGGGUUACAAGGAUUUGCAAUAUACUGCCCCAUUUAGGGCCAAUAUAAGUUUAAUUGAUGUUUAAUAUUGGUUUAGAAAAUUUAAGGUCUUGUAAAUCACAGUAGCUUUUUCAGGUCUAAAACCAUCUUAUGAUAUUGCCAAAAUAAUGACAGGAAACCUACUCAUUAAAUUGUUAAACUUU